CAUCCAAUAGCCUCAGUGGUAGUAAUUCUAGUCUGUCCGUGGUGCGAAGGUGGACACACACUGGGUCAAGAGGGAAGCGCUACAAGGGGGACGCAGGCGACAGCGGCUGGUAAAGAUACCACCGCUCCUACUUCCCGGAAAGAACAAUUCGCACUGUGGAGAAACCUGUAGGGCUUUACGACGCUCAGCUUUUGGGAAUUGACUUGAUACAAAAAUAACCAAGCAAAGCAUGAACGCGUCGCAUUUGAGUGGCUCCUUCUCUGAGCAUGGACUGACCCAAUCCCUCUCUGGAUGAUUUGAUGGGGCUACUCAGAGUCAUGAUGCCGCCCAAGUUGCAGCUUCUGGCGCUGCUGGCGUUCGCAGUGGCCAUGUUCUUCCUGGAGAACCAGAUCCAGAAGCUGGAGGAGUCCCGGGGGAAGCUCGAACGAGCCAUCGCCAGACACGAGGUGCGAGAGAUCGAGCAGCGGCACACGCAGGACGGCCUGCGGGAACGGGACUCGUCGGUCUCGUCGCUGUCCGAGGGCCAGGACGACAUCGUCAUCAUCUACAACCGCGUGCCCAAGACGGCCAGCACUUCCUUCACCAACAUCGCCUACGACCUGUGCGGGAAGAACCACUACCACGUCCUGCACAUCAACACCACCAAGAACAACCCGGUCAUGUCCAUACAGGACCAGGUGCGGUUUGUGAAGAAUGUGACUGAGUGGAGGGAAAUGAAGCCAGCUUUCUACCACGGACACGUCUCCUUCCUGGACUUCACCAAGUUUGGGGUGAAGAGGAAGCCCAUCUACAUAAACGUGAUCCGGGACCCCAUUGAAAGGCUGGUGUCCUAUUAUUACUUUCUGCGUUUCGGGGAUGACUACCGGCCCGGCUUGAGACGCAGGAAACAAGGAGACAAGAAGACGUUUGAUGAAUGUGUAUCAGCCGGCGGCUCAGACUGUGCCCCUGAGAAGCUCUGGCUCCAGAUUCCCUUUUUCUGUGGUCACUACUCUGAAUGCUGGAACGUGGGCAGCCAGUGGGCUCUGGAGCAGGCAAAGUACAACCUGGUGAAUGAAUACAUGCUGGUGGGAGUAACAGAAGAGCUGGAGGACUUUGUAAUGAUGCUGGAGGCGGCGCUGCCACGCUUCUUCAAAGGAGCCACCGAGCUGUACAAAACAGGGAAGAAAUCCCACCUGAGGAAGACCAGCGAGAAGAAGCCGCCCACAAAGGAGUCAAUCGCCAAGCUGCAGCAGUCGGCCAUCUGGAAGAUGGAGAACGAGUUCUACGAAUUUGCACUGGAGCAGUUCCAGUUUGUCCGGGCACAUGCCGUCAGAGAAAAGGACGGGGAGCUCUACUUGCUGGCACAAAACUUCUUUUACGAAAAAAUCUACCCGAAAAACUGAAGAAGCGACAUGUCCACAGAAGAAGGGUUGGAGAGAGGACACAUUCAGUUGGUACGGGCUCAAUGUUACAGUCUGAGAUGAUAAAGAAGAGAGAGGGAGAGUGGGACUAAUAGACUGCAGAUGACUGCAUCAAUGAUGAUGUGAUUGAGAACAUAAUGUGGAGCUGCAGAUGAAAUCCACCUCUACUGAGGGCUCUGUUACACGCGUCUGUGGCAGCCAACUGGACAAGGAGUUUGUGUUUCGUCAGCAGGUUGUGUUCCCAGCAGCCCUACCCCCCCCACCCUGACCCCACCAGGCCUCCACUCCCCUUCACUUCCAUGUCAAAGGUCUUCUGCGCAGAGGGCCUCUGCCGACACAUGCCCGGAGACAACUGGUCACCGUUCCUCCACUCCUGAUUGGCUUCACUGUUAUCUCCGAUCCAGGAAAAAAGAACAUUUUCAUCGGCUCUGUGCUGUUUAGUUGUGUUUGGAUGUAUUUUAACUCUUUACUAUGUUUGUCUUUUUGUAUGUAAAGGCGGUGACAUUUUUCGUGGUGACACGACAUCCCCCAUGCCCUCACCACUACUACUAACUUAAGGAGAUUUUAAGUGUAAGAAACUGACUACUGUGCUGUAUUAAUUGGACUUGAAUGAGAACUUUUGAGGUUUUUACGUAAUAAAAAUCCUGUGACCACGGACUGUUUACUGGGACAAGUGCACAUGUUUUAUACUGUACUUGAUGUGUUGGAUGUAAACAAGCAGCUUUGUCCGGAGGCUUUUCCUCCCUAAAGAAGAAACCCGUGAGAAUACCGAAGUGUGUAAAAGAACACUAAGGUGAAGAUGCUGCUGCUGUAAAUAUUUACUACUUUUUCAGUGCGAUUCAUUCACAGACAGAUUUUCUACAUUGUAAAAUUAACCCAUUUAUACUGUUGACACCCUUUUUAAAGUUGCAGUAUGUGCAUGUUAUAUCAGUUUGUACAUUUCUUUCAACUCUUUCAUUUCACUUUUAAGUCUAUUUUUGUUGUUUCAUUUCCUUUUUGUCGUAGACCCAGUUAGACAUGGGUGUUCACUGUUCACUACACUAAUAUGUUAGUCUGGAAUAUGCAGACAUUUAGGGAAAUGCGUUCAUUCUGCUUUCUUGGCCAGAGUUAAGUCAGGAGAUCUAUAACCACUCUUAAUAUCAGUCCCUUACAGUAGAUAUAAGGCAACAACCAGCAGCAGGUUACCUUGGCUUCUUGUCAUCUAGUCUUGAAUUGCCAGACCUAUCUCCUCAGCGCUUCUUGUCAUCUAACUGCAAGAAAGAGAAUAUGCCUAUUUCCCCAAAAUGUCAAAUGUUUUUGCCGCAGUUCUCCACAUAAAAGAUGGUGGAGAGGUUGGUAAUAACUUUGCUACUUUGCUUGUGUAGUUGUCAUCUAUCGUUUUCUUGACCAUUUUGGUUCUCAUGGCCUUUUAUUUGCCAAUUAAAAUUCUUGCCUACCCUUCAUUAAUUGCUAACUAACAGGUUUAAAGUGACAUAAUGUUGCCCCUUCAACUAAUUCACCUGGAAGAGCUGCACAGACUUUUUCCACUGGUAUACGGCCACAUUGCAAUUCCUGAGGUAUUUAAACCUACAGAUGAAUAGGUACCCAUUUUUAACGGAGGACAUACGGUAGUUUGCCACUCGGUUUUUGUGUGCCUUCUCUACACCCAGCUCCCCCGGUGUUGCGGCUUUGUCAGAAGCAACAUAAAAACAACAUGGCUGUUUUCGUCUUUUGUUUGCCAAAUGAAAUACACAGAAACAAAUGUUUAAACUA